CAGUUAUCAAGUUACACCUUAUUUGAUUUAACCAAUACCGCUCGGACUUUAUAAUGUCAAAAGAAAACCCAUAUGUGCCCAAAUAUAUCAAAGAUGCUCCAUGGUAUCAACCAAAGACCAAUCCAGAGGAUUAUUUAUCACAUCAUAGAACAUCUUCAACACAAGAACCAAAUUCAGAACCAAAGAUAGGACAGGGUAUCAAAGACGAGUUCAUACCCACUGAAGAAAUAGAUCCUACAAGUCAACAGCGCCAUAGGAUAAAGAAGAAAGGACGCUGUAAGAAUUGUGGGGGUGAUCAUGAUAAGAAGGAUUGUCUUGAACGUCCUGGUUUAAUCAAUGUUAAACAGACAGGGAAAGUCUCGAAGAGAAAUGAGGAUGUUGAUUAUGAUGGGAAGAGGGAUAGAUGGUAUGGAUAUGAUGUUAAUGACUAUACGAAAUAUUUAAAAGAUUGGAAAGAGAAGGAGGCAAAGAAAGAACCAGAAGAGAAAAGGGAAUAUGAUACCGAUGAGGAAAUUGAAUUGAAGGAAUUAGGAUUAUUGGAUGAUCCUGAAUUUAAAGAUGCUGCUAAACAGGACGGUGAAAAAAUUAUCCGGUUAAGAGAGGAUAAAGCUGUUUAUUUGACUAAUGUGAGGAAUGAAAAUAUUAGUUAUGAUCCAAAGAGUAGAAUGAUUAGAGAUGAUAAGACUGGUUAUUAUAAUGAUAGUAAUUUGUUUGUUAGACAUUUGACUGGUGAGGCUAAAGAGUUUGAAAACUCCAAAAAGUUUGCAUGGGAUGAAAAAAAACGAGGUAUUAUUGAUGAUAAUCUUGUUGCUAAUCCAACUUUAGCUGACCGUAAAAUUGAAAAGAUGAGUGAGGAGGAGAAAUUAAAAAAGGACAAACUGAAGAAGUCUAUACUAGAUAGAUAUGGGGGAAGCUUGUCAAUUUCAAAUAAUGAUGAAGCUGAAGAAGAGGAAGAUGAAGACCCACAAGCACAAGUUGAUUCCACGAAAUCCAAAUAUCCAGAGGAUGUGUAUCAUAAUAAUCAUACCAGCGUCUGGGGUUCAUAUUAUUCUGAUGGUAAAUGGGGGUAUGGCUGUUGCAAGUCUUUAUAUAAAAACAGUUACUGCAGUAAAUAAUAGAAUAAUAUA